UGGGUGUGACCUGUGAAACAAAAGCACGGCGUAAUUGUUUUCAAUUCCAAUUCACAAGAACUCCUCGAAACUCCAUAAAUCUGCAUUCCAUUUCCAUCUCUGUAAUAUUUCCUCCAUUCGUGUAAUUAAUUCUCCUCCUCUACGACAGAAAUACAUUUUUGCUAAAAAAUGGCGGCGAUUUUUGCUGUCUCCGCUGCUUCUCCGGCGUGCAAAAAAUCCACCUUCUUCCCUGUUCCCUGCAGCACCAGAAGAGCUCCUCGAUUCAGGGUCUGUGCCUCCGCCGCCACUGUGGGCUCUUCGGAUCCGGCCACCCUGUACGACCUGCUCUCGGUGUCACACACCGCUGGGCCGCAAGAGAUCCGCGCGGCGUACCGGCGGCUGGCCCUGCGGUGGCACCCCGACGCGUGCCGAUCCGCCGGAGAGGAGCGCCGCUACGCGGAGCGCUUCAUGGAGGCGCGGGAGGCCUUCGAGGUGCUGUCCGACCCCUCCCGUCGCCGCGACUACGACCUCGCCCUCUCCGGCGACCGCUGGGCCGCGGCCUUCAGCGAGGGCCGCGCUCGGCGGCGCGAGGGCGGAGCCACGGCGUUCGGAAACUGGGACGCGCAGCUGGACGGGCUCCGGCGACGGUCGGCCUGGGCGGAGGCCGGCGGAGAGGAGACGUGGGGCGGACGAGUGAGGAGGGCGGCCGGCGGUGCAGCAGAGGCGGCGGUUUAGUGGAAUGAGCUCCUAGCGGCGGUUGCCGAGGGCUACGAUCGAGUGAUUCGGAAAUCGAUUUCUCCUACGAACCUUGAUAUUUUUCAUUUCCCCCCUUGUAUAUAUGGUUUUGUCACCAAACAAGACUAAUUGAGGCCUAACUUUGUCGAAGUU